AUGGCUGCACAGCGGCAAAUGGUGGAGGCUAGGUGGCGAGAGGGUGGUGGCCAUGCUGAUGAGGAAUAUGGGGAUGACCUCCUUGGCUAUGGAGAUGAUAAUGUCCACAUGAAUCUAUUGGCAAUCGACGCUGAUGUCUUCCAGAAUUGGUCGUGCCGAAGUACUGAGUCAAUAUUGGACACGUUCACUGGGAUUGGAAGUCAACGUCCGGGAAGUGACACGGAUUAG